AGGUCCUAAUGGUCACGAGUGAGGUGGCCCUGGUGGGUGUGGCCAGCUCUGCAUUGGCCUGUUGGUUCUGUGACAUCACAGAAGCCUCUGUGAGGUCACGGCAGUUAUCUAUAUAAGGCGUGGCUCGGGUGGGUCUGUUGUGGGUGGAAGGAGACUGUUUAGAGUUGAGUGGAGAUUAGAGUUGAGUGGAGAUUAUCGUUGAUUUGAUAACUGCUUUGGUGCUAUGGGUAGUAUAGGGAAUCAUUACCCAGUGCCCAGCAGGGUUCAUGGCAAGUGUAGUGAGGGAGCAUCCUGUCUGGGCCUCACGACCAGCGUGUCUAGACGGGGACUUCGAGAACACUACAGUGUGGUACGCUUUAUCGGCAAAGGCGGAUUUGGCAAAGUGUUUCUAGCUCAACAUUGUGCCACAGGCAUGCAGGUAGCGGUGAAAAAAUUAACAAAGGCAAGGGCGCGAAAGGGCAGCAUUAUGUCAGAGGUGGGACUUCUGAAGGACCUUCAACACCCGAACAUCACACAGUUACUAGAAGUUAUAGAGACCAGGCACAGAGUCUAUCUAGUGCUCGAAUAUGUGUAUGGAGUCAACCUACGGAAAGAGAUCUGCAGAAGCAAAAAGAACAGGCUGUGGGAGAAGGAGGCCCAGAGGAUUUUCAGAGACGUCUUGGCAGCGGUGGAUUACUGCCACAGACAGGGCAUUGUGCACGGGGACCUCAAGCCUGAAAAUGUUUUGAUCAACACCGAAGGUCGGGCCAAGAUCUGUGACUUCGGGUUGGGGAUCCGGUUCCUCCCCGGGCAGGAGGUGACCGCAGUGGGCGGCACACUGGCCUAUUACGCACCCGAAAGACUCUCGUGCCGGCGGUACGAAGCCCCUCCCCUGGAUGUCUGGGCCCUGGGAGUGACGUUAUAUGAAAUGGUUGUUGGGGAUCAUCCCUUUUAUCAGGGUGAAUCGGAGACGAUCAGAAAUAUCCUUCGUGGGAGGGUCUCUUACCCCUGCUUCGUCUCCUGCAAAGUCAAACACCUUAUUAGCAACAUCCUGAGCCGGGACCCCACGAGGCGGCCAACACUGCAGGAGGUGCUGAAGCACCGCUGGCUUCAGAGUGUCCGGCCCCCCAGUCCUCCGGAGCCGCUCCCUGUGCCCACGAAGAGGGCAAUCCUUAGCCGAAUGGCUGGAAUGGGAUUCAACGUGUUAACAGUGAUGGACUCCUUGAGGAGGAAAGAUUACAAUCACAACAUGGCCACAUUCCUCCUGUUGCAGAGCCAGGCCCUCCAGGGGCCUGUGCAUGAGGCUGCAGAAGAAACACCGUGGCCCCUGGCGGGUCCUGCACCCUCAGCUCUCAUCCCCUGGAGGAGGGCCAGCGAGCCUGCCCCCUGCCCUGGCCGCUCAUGCCCCAGCGUGAAGCCCGGAGGAGAGCAGGGUGGCAGAGGCUCCCAGCCACCUGUGACCAUCCGGAGGACCCCACCUCCCGUUGUGUCCCCCCAGCCU